UGGUCCAAUUCUCUUCUCGUGCAAGGGAAAACCAGAAAAAUGGUGGCAUUUCUCAGGUCAGUCUGCACAACAGCAGCAGCAUCAGCCAUAGCAGCAGCAUCUGCCCUUCCUGCGACCUUUCCUCUCUCUUCUUCUUCUCAUCAAAACCCCAAAUUCCAAAAUCACUCUUUUCCCUCUCUUCAUACCUCAUCGCUUCUCUCCUCGCCCAAUCGCCUCCGCCUUGUACGGAACUUCACCAACCCCUCCAAACCUCUCCCCAUGGACGUGCCCACGUCUGAUCACAAAUCAUCUCCCUCUCAGGAUUCAGCUGUCUCGCCUGAACUACUGACGGAGUUCAUGGUGGAUAUGAAGUGCGAGAAUUGUGUUAAUGCUGUCAAGAAUAAGUUACAGAGUGUUGAUGGGAUAAAAAAUGUAGAUGUGGAUUUGGGUAACCAAGUUGUCAGAAUUCUGGGUUCUUCUGCUGUUAAGACCAUGACUGAAGCACUGGAGCAGACUGGUAGAAAAGCCCGAUUAAUUGGCCAAGGCGUGCCUGAAGAUUUCUUAAUUUCUGCUGCUGUUGCUGAAUUUAAAGGUCCAGAUAUCUUUGGUGUGGUUCGCUUUGCUCAAGUGAGUAUGGAAUUGGCUAAGAUUGAAGCCAUUUUUAGUGGAUUAUCGCCAGGAAAACAUGGUUGGUCUAUCAAUGAAUUCGGUGAUCUUACAAGAGGUGCUGCCAGCACAGGGAAAAUAUUCAAUCCAAAUGACCAAGAGAAAGAGCCCCUAGGUGACCUGAGAACAUUAGAUGUCGAUAAGAAUGGUGAGGCCUUCUUCUCUGGUGCAAAAGAGUACAUGAGAGUUGCUGACCUGAUCGGGCGGUCUGUGGUGGUGUAUGAAACUAAAGAUAAAUCUGAUGUAGGUCUGACCGCUGCAGUUAUUGCCAGAAGUGCCGGUGUUGGCGAAAACCACAAGAAGGUUUGUCUGUGUGAUGGCACCACCAUCUGGGAAGCAAGUGACAAAGAUUUUGUCACCAGUAAGGUAUAAAACGACACUAAACUUUGCACUUGAACCGUUUGGCUGUUGUAAACCUGAUGGCAGUUUACUGCUCAAUGUAGUUCAUUAGUAUACUGUAACUUGAAUGUGUCAAACCAAAGAACUGAAUUGAGUUUAGUAUGGUGCAUUCCUCACUAUUUCUUUUCUCUUUUUUGGACCAAAGAGUCCAAUUGAAUUUGCUUAUUAUUUGUGAAUCCUUUAAGCUCUAGAAAGCUGAACCAGUGUUUUGUUAUCUA